AUGGCAUCGGAGCAGGCAUCUUCGUUACAACAAGCUUUGGAUGUCGCUGUGCUGAACGAAGACAACAGGAGUCCAAUGAGCACGUACGGAUGUCUUGACAUUUACGAACUGGCCGCUGUGGACUCUCAGGCAAACCAGAAGGAAGAGGGGCAGAGAGUGGGACAGGCACAGCAAGACGAUCGACAAAUACGAGCUCGGUAUCGCCGGUGGGAUGUUCACCCGAAGGAGGGGGCCAAACUAUUCACCAAUUCCCUCGUCUCUCCAUCAAAAGAAGGCAACAGACUCUGGCUCUGUUCCUUACACGACGAAGACAAGACCCUGGCCAAAUGCUCGCCGGAAAGAACGCGGUAUAACAGAGACAACAGGUGGAGAACACAGGCUCGUGAUUGA